CCAGAUCAGUUGGAGCAAAUAUAUACCAACUUUCAGCCCCUCCACUGACAUACUAAACCCGUUCAAUAGCAGUUGGCCUGGCGGAAUUCAGCCUCGUAUCACAUUGAAGACUUGACACCGGACAUUGAAUGAGAAUCACAAAAACACGAUAGAUCUGGAAUCAACUGACGCGAAUCACUCCUACAGACUCUAAUCAUGACUGAUGAAUCUCAAGAUGCAACCUUUGCAUCGUUCUGGCAUCGUUCUAUAGGUAGGAUCUCGUCCAAAAAGAUAAAAUUUAUGCCAAAUGUCACGAAACCAAAGACUAGUAAGUUAAUUGAUUCUUCUCUUAGUUCUAUGUUCUAAUAUCUUUCUUCUCCCGUGUAUAUAUCUAUACAUCUCUACACAUAUCCUUCGUCUUUAACAAUUGCGCAAUCAUACAUUCAUUCUCCUUCUAGGGGAAACACCGGACUAGCUGCUCGAUAUCUCCUUUUACCCAACACUAAUACAGGAUGAUAGCCAAAGAUGAUGAUGGCGAAAGAAAAUCGGUGACAGCUCAAAAACAACUUAGAAGAGCUCAAGUCCGAAGAGCACAAAUGUUGAUUCUUCUCUUGACAUGAUACUCUUACUAGUACUAAUUCCUCUUCAGAGAACAUCGACAACGGAAACAGAACUACGUCAAGCAUCUUGAAGAAGAUUUAAUACGUCUUCGUGAAAUCAUUGCUGCAACAGAAAAUGAAAGUUCGGCCUUGAUGAAAGAAAAUGGGGCCAUAAAAUCUACUUUAUCAGCUUCAGGCGUGAAGUACCUUUCGAAUAUACGGUCGAAAAAUCAAAAAUUACCUGAAAACAAACCUACCAUUUUUCUACCGCCACAGGAAUAUGAUUCACAUAGUAGUAAUCUUACCAUUACUGAUUCAACACAAAAGAAGAAACCCACUAUAACACCUGUCAACUAUGAGACCGAGAAUGAUAGACUUUCCAGCUAUAUCACUGAUAUGCUUACUCCUCAAGACAAUACUCCCGUCACAAGCUACUUUUCCAAGAACCAAGAUGUCCCCUACUCGAAUACUGCGACUGGCUCACAUGUCAGUAUUCAAUUUGAUGAGUUUAUAAACGCUUCUUGUCUUCAAAUCAGCGAGUCAUCCAACAGUUCUUUCGGGACAUUCGGGGCAAUUAAUUUAUCCAAACCUCUACCACCACUUCCUGGACAAGUUCCGGCACCUCAAAAUACCAUCAGGAAGCCAUUACCUGAUUUAUCAAUUGUAGCGAUGAACUUCAUUCUUGCGUAAGUCAUUCUCCUUUGAACGCAGAGUGUAUGUUGAUUCCAACCUCAUAGUCUCGAGCACCCUUGCCGUACCCAUUUUCACCAUAUUCCAAAUCCCGCCCCUGCUUUUGACCCCAACGGUAGCCCUUCCGGUCAUGAACUCAUGGCUUCGACUCAAAUCUUCUCUCAAGCACCAUUUAGAGCAUCCAAUGACCCUAGUCCCGAAUCUUCAUGGUUUUCGUCAUCUGUUUCUUUAGCUCAGCUAUAUGCUAUGUCUCAAUCCCUACCUACUUCUGACUUUGAGAUUACUCCUGUUCAGGCAUGGUUCAUGAUAGCGGAGAAAUAUCAUGAUGAAAUUGGAAAGCUUGUUGAACCAAGGAACAUAAAUAAUAUAAAGAAAGGAUUGGGCAGUCUAUCACGAUGUUAUCAGUUUGGAGCUGUGAUGGAUGUUGAUAGCUUUUGGGAGGUCGUGGAUGAGAUUAUGGCGCAAGAUGGAAAUUAACGAUUUGACUGGAUGUAGUUUUGGUGUAUCUGUCACAUUUGGACGAUGAGUGAAAUGUUGACUCUUAAGUUCCUUUUUCAAUCUUAUAUGAGCAGUCCUGCAAAUACUUCUGUAAGUGAGAAGCACUUGGCAGGGGGUAUGGGUGGUGUUUUUAA